AUGGCCGGUAAGCGAGCAUUGAGGGCCUCGUCGACAAACCUGGCCCCAAACCGACCCAAGAAAGGCAUACCCAGCUCGACAGCACGCCGCAACGCCGCCGCGCCUGGCAGCGACGACGACAGCUACGACGACAGCUACGACGACAGCUUUGGCCGAGCCAGCGAAUCGGCAGGCGAAAAAGCGCGCAGCACCAAGAGAAGAAAGGUGUCGGGUCCGCGGGCAGCCAGGCCAAAGACCACUUCUUUCACCUCCCUCUUCGAACCAGGCGUCGCCACGAUACGGCAGCCAUGCUCGCCUCUUGAUGGACGCCGGCACUCCCUCUCCUACCACCGGCCGCUGCUCCUCUGCGAAACCAAGGGGCUCGAGCAUCGCCAGUCCCUCCUGUCAUGGUUCGAUUCCGUGAGCGCGUCUCGCUCCAUGCCGUGGCGCAAGUCCUGGAUCGACCCUCGUGCUGCGCCUGACCUGGAUCAGCAAGAGUUGAGGAAGCAGCUAGAGGUGCGCGCCUACCAAGUGUGGAUCAGCGAAAUCAUGCUUCAGCAGACAAGAGUGGCCGUGGUGAUUGACUACUGGAACCGGUGGAUGGCCAAGUGGCCCUGCAUCCAAGACCUGGCCGCUGCCGAUGCCGAGGACGUCUUGGCUGCGUGGCGCGGGCUCGGAUACUACAGCCGGGCGACGCGCAUCCACCAGGCAGCAAAGCUCGUCGUGUCAGACCCCGCCAUGCAAGGCCUUCUGCCGUCCGUCGCCGCUGAGCUUGAAGCAAGAGUUCCUGGCGUCGGGCGGUACACCGCCGGGGCCAUCUCGGCCAUCGUCUUUGGCCGAGCCGCUCCCAUGGUCGACGGCAACGUCCUUCGGGUUCUGAGUCGCCAGCUAGGCAUUCACGGCAACAUCAAGACGGACAAGAAGGUAAUCGACACCAUCUGGGCAGCUGCCGACGCUCUCGUCAAAGCCGUUGCGCGGGACCGCGGAGCCCAGGAGGACCCUCGCGCAGACGUGUCGAGCCGACCGGGCCGCUGGGGCCAGGCCUUGAUGGAGCUCGGCAGCACGGUCUGCUCGCCGAAACCAAACUGCUCGCAAUGCCCCAUCACGGCAUCGUGUCGCGUGUACAACGAGGCGAGAAACAUGGGCCGCCGGCCCGACAGUGGAGCCCCUGCCGACAUUGAAGAUGUCUGCAGCCUGUGCGAGCCCUUUGAAGACGCAGCAGCACAGGAUGCGGACCUGGCUGCCUCUGAAGAAUCCAAGGUCCGAGGCGGAACCCAGAGCAAAGCCAAGCAAACGACCCUCUCCGACUUUGGCUUGGCAGCCAAGUCCCCAGCGCCACGGGACGCGAAAAGGGAAGCGGACGCUCAAGAAGCAAUUUCCAACUACGCUCGCAGAUUCCCCGUCAAGGUUGUCAAGAAGGCGGUGCGUGCCGAGGAAGCCGUCGUGUGCGCGAUACAAGGGCCCGACAAGACGUACCUCAUCCACCGCCGUCCAGAAAGGGGCCUCCUUGCGGGCCUGUGGGAAUUCCCCAGCAAGACGGUCCCCCACGAGGACUGCUCAGCAGCGCAGCGCAAGGAGAUUGCCACGGCCCACGUCGGCAGCUUGUUCGGCUCCCGCGGCAAAGCAGAAGUCGAGCACGUCUCCGAAAUAGGGAGCGUGCCGUGGCUGUUCUCGCAUCUCAAGCUGACCAUGUACGUUCACGUGUUCCGGGUGGCGGGUCGUGUGUCUCCAGAGAGCACAUCCGUCCCGGCGAGAUGGACGGCCGACGUGGAAGGGGAGUCGAUGGGCACGGGCAUGAGAAAAUGCUGGGCUCUCGUGCAGGCGUGCCUUGGCUGA